AUGAGUAAGCUGCUUCGUAAGUUUCAUAGUUCUUCUUCUGGAUUGGUCAAAAGAAGCAAGGAUGUUACUGACUGUGCUAAUGACAGGUGUUUCAGAAGGGAUGUUCCAAAAGGGUAUUUGCCUGUCUAUGUGGGGAAAGAUGUUUCUGUCAGAUAUGUUAUAGAAGCAAAAGUUGUUAAUCACCCUCUGUUUGCACAGCUCUUGCAGACUUCUGUUGAGGAAUUUGGAUAUGAACAAACAGGUGCUCUCAGGAUUCCUUGUGAUAUUGUAUUGUUUGAAACCAUUCUUAACCAAAUCAAAAAUACAAGAGUGACUUCUGGAUUGAUCAAAUUGGAUAUAUUCUUGUUGGAAUAA